GGCAAAGCUGCCGGGUAACCGGCCUCCUCUCCUCCCGUCGCCUGGGGGUCGGAUUUACUGAGCGCUGACGGGGUGCGGAGGACUGUACUAAGCGCCGGGGCCCCUCCCGGCCCGUUGUCCGUCCGCCUGCGGCUCGGAGGAGGCUGCCAUGGGGAGGAAGCGGCUCAUCACCGACUCGUUCCCAGGGGUGAAGAAGAGCCGGGGGCAUCGCGGGCCGGGGGACCCCUGCAAGGGGGAGGAGGCCGCAGACACAGGUUCUAAUCUGGCUCCACCAUUUGUCUGCUCUGGGACCUUGAGGGAGUCGCAGCAACCGCCGGUGGAAGAGGCCGUGUUGGACCUGCUGAGGCAGUUUGACUUGGCUUGGCAGUACGGGCCUUGCACGGGAAUCACCCGGUUCCAGCGCUGGGAACGGGCCGACCGGCUGGGCCUGAGCCCCCCAACGGAGGUUCUCCGGGUUUUGUGGGCACAUCCUGGAAACCCCAGCGUCCAGUUCAGCCUCUGGCACCCGUACCCACUGUGAUUGGCACUGUCCACCCACUGCUCCUGCCACCUACUCCGAAGGCCACCUCCUAGACGCUAAGCUCCACGAGGCAGGGAUCGUAGCUACCAACUCUAUUGUAUUGUACUCUCCAAGCACUUAGUUCAGUGCUCUGCACACAGUAAAUGCUCAAUAAAUUCCAUUUAAUGAUUGAUGGAGACUGCGCUCACUGAAGCGCAGAGGCCUAGUGCAAAGAACAAGGGCCUGGGAGGCAAAAGAUCUGUGUUCUAAUCCCAGCUCUGCCACUUGGCUGCUCU